GUGUCAAGAAGCUAAAUCUUGUUAUGGGAAUGCUUUCAAUGAAUUCAUUAAGGCAAGACGUAGUUGUUAUUUAUCUCAGGCAUUUAGCAUCAUUGAGGGAUAAAGAAAUCGGCAUUGAAAAGGAUAAAUCCACAGAGGAAGAAAAUACCAAGGUAAACUUGGGUAAAUAG